AUGCCUCUUUUCUCGGCCUUUGCAUCCGGAGAGGUAAAUAACACUGCCGCUGACGCCGAGCGGCCGCUGCAUUUGUCUUUUGAUCCUCCGCCGCUCCUCCGGGUGGAUCCGGUUGCGGUGCUGGCGGGCCACGAAGAUCGCGUGUGGUGCGUGGCCUGGUGCCCGACGGCAAACGUGCUGGCCUCCAGUUCCGCCGAUAAAACAGUCAGGCUCUGGAGUUGCUCGCGUCACGCGACGGGUGCGGAUGGCCAGCAGGAGCAGGGGCAGGAGGCGGAGAGUCUUGUGUGGGAGUGUAUUUACACAUUGAAAGGCGAGCACAGCAGGACGGUGCGGCACAUCUCGUGGAGUCCCAGCGGUGAGUGCAUUGCCUGUGCCUCCUUUGACCGCACGGCAACCGUGUGGAAGCGAGCAUCUGAGGAGCAGGGCCUCUUUGAGUUUGAGUUGGAGGCCGUCCUUGAGGGGCACGAAAGCGAAGUCAAGUGUGUGGCGUGGCUAACGGACAGCACAUUGGCGACUUGCUCGCGCGAUCGCACUGUGUGGGUGUGGGAACGCGUCGACGUUGGCGAGUUCGAGUGCGCGGGCGUCCUUGCGGGGCACGCGCAGGAUGUGAAGGCGUGCGCCUGGAUUCCUCCACUCGAGGGGGGCGCGAAGCCGCUGCUGCUCUCGUGCUCGUACGAUAAUACUGUAAAGGUCUGGACGGAGUCGCAUCGCCGCGAUGACUGGUACUGCCUUCAGACACUAACGCGGCACGAGGAGACGGUCUGGGCUCUAGCCGUGCAGCCUGUCGAACAGUCGAUGGAGGCCCUGCUGGCGGAGGCGGCGGCGCCGCCGUCGUGCCAGCCCAUCAUUGCCUGCUGCUCGGACGACAGAAGCGUCACCUUCUGGAAGCGCAACGCUGAAGGAACGUUCCAGGCGGUUGCCACCGCCGCCGGCUUCGCCGCGCGCUCCAUCUACAGUGUGGGCUGGGCCCCCAGCCGCUGCGGGGCCAUCUUGGCCUGCGGCAGCGGCGACAACAAAAUUACCCUCCUCGGUCUUCACCAGUCGCCUGCGUGCAGGGAGGUGCACGUUGCCGUCCUCGCCGAAGUGCCGUCCGCGCACGACGCGGACGUGAACAGUGUCGCAUUCUCCGCCUUUCCCCAGGGAACUCGGGGAGACGGCAAGCAGGCCGUUGGCGACGGCGGAAGUGUGCUGCUGGCCUCCGGCGGCGACGACAACGUGGUUCGCCUCUGGCGCGUGGCAGCGGCGUAA